AAAGUCAGUUAAAAUAUGCGCCCGUACCCUAGACCUUGGAAGAAGCUCUUUACCAAAGCUUGUAGCCUCGUCGGUCUCGGACUCGCAACCUCUUUCUCUUCUUCUUCUUCAGCGAAGCUUGCCGCCAUGGAUGAUCUCAAGAUUCUCAAAACCAAGCUUUGCAUCAUCGGAAGUGGGCCUGCUGCGCAUACAGCUGCCAUUUAUGCUGCUCGUGCCGAGUUAAAGCCUAUCAUGUUCGAAGGUUGGAUGGCCAACGACAUUGCCCCCGGUGGUCAACUCACUACUACCACGGACGUCGAGAAUUUCCCCGGAUUUCCUGAUGGUAUUAUGGGCCACGAGCUCAUGGAUCGUUGCCGGAAACAGUCAGAGCGAUUCGGCACCGAGAUCUUCACUGAGACUGUGUCGAAGGUAGAUUUCUCACGCAGACCAUUUAAGGUUUUCACCGAUUCCAAAACCGUGGAAGCCGAAUCGGUUGUCGUCGCCACCGGGGCCGUGGCCAAGCGAUUGUCGUUUCCUGGCUCUGGCGAUGGUCCCACUGGGUACUGGAAUCGGGGCAUUUCGGCCUGCGCAGUUUGCGACGGUGCUGCCCCCAUUUUCAGGGGCAAACCUCUGGCGGUAAUUGGUGGCGGGGAUUCGGCUAUGGAAGAAGCCACCUUCUUGACUAAGUAUGGUUCUAAAGUUUAUAUCAUUCACAGGAGGGAUGUAUUUAGAGCUUCCAAGAUUAUGCAGAGCAAAGCGUUGAGUAAUCCUAAGAUUGAAGUGAUAUGGAACUCAACCGUCGUGGAAGCAUAUGGGGAUAAAUCUUUGAAGGGGCUCAAGAUAAAGAAUGUAGCAACUGGCAAUGUGUCGGAUUUGAAUGUUUCCGGAUUGUUCUUUGCUAUUGGACACGAGCCUGCUACGAAAUUCUUGGAUGGCCAGCUUGAACUCGAUUCUGAUGGCUACGUUGUGACUAAGCCAGGGACCACAAAGACCAGUGUCGAGGGAGUUUUUGCUGCUGGGGAUGUCCAGGACAAGAAGUAUAGGCAAGCUGUUACAGCCGCAGGCUCUGGGUGCAUGGCAGCUUUGGAUGCCGAACACUACCUGCAGGAAGUCGGGUUUCAGGAGGAUAAGGCUCCAUGACUAUCUAGGGUCCUCCCAGAGCUCAAAAGACGCUUAAUUAGAAGUAAUGUGUGAUUAUUAGAAGAAUGAAGAAAGGCCUUCCUGAGCCAAAUUAGAAACUUCCCAUGUAUGUUGGCAUUCAUUAUCUGACUGCAAAGUAUCAUAAACUUGCAUGAUAUUUUCAGAUAGGCAAAUAACUUUUCUGCUGUAACUCCAUGAUGAAUAUUGUGGACGCAACGAAGCACAAUGCGGAUCCCCUCCGUGGAAUGUGUAAUAUGAUUUAUUGGGCCUAUGGCAUUGAUUUAUCAUUGAUUGUUGUACUUGAUCUCCAGAUUUGUGAUGAUACAAAAAUAUUUGCUUUCAUUUUGGCAUAA